GCUUUUAUAAUAAUAAUAAGUGUCAGCAGAAAAAAAAGAAGCGUUUCCGUCUCUGCUAAUUUACUAAAAGCCACUCAAAAUCUUGAAGAGCGUGUACACCAGCAACUUCGAGUUUCCAUCGCCUGAGAACGAGAGAGAGGGAGAGAGAGAGAGAGAAUGGCGAUGCCGAUGCCAACUCGUCAGCUAUUCAUCGACGGUGAGUGGAGAGAGCCCAUCUCGAAGAAACGAAUCCCGAUCGUGAAUCCGGCUACCGAAGAGGUCAUUGGUGAAAUCCCUGCAGCUACAUCGGAGGAUGUGGAUGUUGCAGUCAACGCUGCUCGAAGAGCUUUUUCAAGGAAUAAAGGGAAAGAUUGGGCUAAAGCACCAGGAGCUCUUCGUGCUAAGUAUCUACGUGCUAUUGCCGCUAAGGUAAAUGAAAGGAAGUCAGAUCUGGCUAAGCUUGAGGCGCUUGAUUGUGGUAAACCAUUGGAUGAAGCAGUCUGGGAUAUGGAAGAUGUUGCUGGAUGUUUUGAAUUUUAUGCUGACCUUGCUGAAGGAUUAGAUGCUAAGCAGAGAGCUCCGGUCUCGCUUCCCAUGGAGACUUUUAAGAGUUAUGUUCUGAAGCAACCUCUUGGAGUUGUGGGACUUAUUACACCAUGGAAUUACCCCCUUUUGAUGGCUGUUUGGAAGGUGGCUCCUUCACUUGCUGCAGGAUGCACUGCGGUUCUCAAGCCAUCAGAGCUGGCAUCCGUCACUUGUUUGGAGCUUGCUGAUAUUUGUCGAGAAGUUGGUCUUCCUCCUGGGGUCCUCAAUGUUUUGACUGGUUUAGGUUCGGAAGCUGGUGCUCCUUUGUCAUCACACCCUGGUGUGGACAAGGUAUUGUCAGGUGAAAUCCCUGCAGCUACAUCGGAGGAUGUGGAUGUUGCAGUCAACGCUGCUCGAAGAGCUUUUUCAAGGAAUAAAGGGAAAGAUUGGGCUAAAGCACCAGGAGCUCUUCGUGCUAAGUAUCUACGUGCUAUUGCCGCUAAGGUAUUCACUUGA